GAGAGGCAUGCUGGGAGGCCGCACUUCCUCUCAGGGCCCUGUAGAAACCACAGGACCAGGCAGCGCCCCUGCAGCCGGCAGGAUGGCUGAGGGCAAGGCAGGCGGAGCUGCUGGCCUCUUCGCCAAGCAGGUACAGAAGAAGUUCAGCAGGGCCCAGGAGAAGGUUCUUCAGAAAUUGGGGAAAACGGUAGAAACCAAAGAUGAACGAUUUGAACAAAAUGCCAGCAACUUCUACCAACAACAGGCAGAAGGCCACAAGCUAUACAAGGACCUGAAGAACUUUCUUAGUGCAGUCAAAGUGAUGCAUGAAAGUUCAAAGAGAGUGUCAGAGACCCUGCAGGAGGUCUACAGCAGUGACUGGGAUGGACAUGAGGAGCUGAAGGCCAUCGUGGGGAACAAUGAUCUCCUUUGGGAAGACUAUGAAGAGAAACUGGCUGACCAGGCUUUGAGGACCAUGGAAAACUAUGUGGCCCAGUUCAGCGAGGUGAAGGAGAGAAUUGCGAAGCGGGGCCGGAAACUGGUAGACUAUGAUAGUGCCCGACACCACCUGGAGGCCGUGCAGAAUGCUAAGAAGAAAGAUGAAGCUAAGACUGCCAAGGCAGAAGAAGAGUUCAGCAAAGCCCAGGGUGUGUUUGAAGAUCUGAACCAGGAACUGCUGGAGGAGCUGCCUGUUCUCUUUAACAGUCGUAUCGGCUGUUAUGUGACUGUCUUCCAAAACAUUUCUAACUUGAGAGAUGUGUUCUACAGAGAGAUGAGCAAGCUGAACCACAAUCUCUACGAAGUGAUGAGCAAACUGGAGAAGCAGCAUUCCAACAAAGUCUUUGUGGUGAAGGGACUAUCAAGCAGCAACAGGCGCUCCAUAGUCAUCUCUCCCCCAGUUCGAACCUCAACAGCCUCCAGCCCUGUGACCUCACCUACCAGCCCCACAGCUCUCUCUGUGACCAGUGAGAGUGAGUCUGUCUCAGCGACCAGAGAAAAGCUGACCUCUGACACCGCAGAUGGAGAGGAUAGCAGUGACAGCAAGGAGUCCUUAAGAGAUGAGGAAGUUGAGGAAGACCACUCUGAAGCAAGUUCUUCAGAGGAAGAAGAGCCUCUACUAGCCUGCAAUGGCCCCAUCCAGGCCCCACCCUCUCCUGCAUCCCAGGAGGAAGCUGCCCUGUGCUCCCCAGCUCCAUUCCUGGGCAGAGGUCAGUCGCCAACAGAGCAUCCUUCCCCAUCGGAAGUAGUCCUCCGCACGCGCACCUCGAGUGAAGGAAGCAAGCAGACCAAAAAGGAAGCCUCUAUCCAGAGGGCAUCCGCACCCCCUAGUCGGCCUCCACCACCCAAAGCCCCUCCAAGCCCCAGGCUUGCCUCAGGCAGUGGGCCCUCUGGCCCUCCAACCUCUGGAGAGGGUUCACCCCGCAGCCCCAGGGCCUCCUUAGAAGCCUCUUCCAACCUAGAAGCACCCAAGAAGCCACUGAGAGCCCCUGAGGCCUCAGAAAAGGAAAGCGCUGGCAGCCCAGGCCCAGAAGAGCCAUGCAUCUCCUCCACUGACCAAGGCCCUGAGCUUCACCUCUGUUCGGAUCCAGGAGGAAACACCACCACGGCGUCCGAGCCUCCAGAAGAGGUAUUUACAAGCGAAAAUGAAGAACUCUGAAGAGAAACUGCCACCAUACCUAACCCCAGAGAAGCUUCUCUAAGAGGAUCAAAGAUACAAGUCACACCCACUCCACAUUCCCAGGCAGUGUGAAUACUUAGUCUCGGAGACCUGUCCUUGUUGGAAUCUACGAAGCAGCUUUAAGGGGAAGGGUGUCACACUGCAACAUGUUACACAAGGUUUGAGCAUUAAUAAAGGCAGGGCUGUAAUAAUGCUAACACAAGGCAUGUCCACAUACUCUCAGAGGACAUAUGUCCAACUAUCCACUCACUUGGCAAAGAUUUAAGGCUGAAAGAUUUUCAAAUUACUAAAUAAAGUGUGAUUUUGACUAAG